GCUCAUACUGCUUCGUAGAAGACCAGGAGCUCGUCCUGCGUGGUCCUCUCAUCUGCGCUUUUAUGUUUCAUUUCAGGUCCAUCAACUUUUUCCCCUCUGGUAUCCGAAAUCUCUUCUGCACAAUGAAUAUAAUGCUGCGCAGACUGUAUAAUGAUCGGUGUCUUCGAGCCAGACUCAGAGAGACAACCAGCCCUUGCUUGAUAUUACCCGAGGCAAAGUCAUGAAGAUCAAGAUGCCACGGAGGAGGUCUAAUUUAUUGGCGUUUGGCGUUGGCCUGCUGUUUUAGUGCAGCUAGUUCCGACGAUGGAGCUCAUAUGCGAUUUUUUUUGGCGCCGCGUGGCACAGCAGGCUAAAGUAGACGACCGUCCUUUUUCUGCCGAUGAGAAGAUCGAUCUGAAGCUCCUUUCAGCCUUCGUCUCUGAUUCGCGCGACCUGGUCGCUCGGCAGGCGAGUCUAGCCGACCGAGUUUUAGAGGAACUUGCCAGCAAUUCUUCGUCUGCAAGCACAUCACACUUGAGACUCAGCACCCGACUAACGCAGACAGAAGAGACGGCCCUCGGGCAACUUCCGGUUUUGGUCGACGACUUUUUGAGAACUAAAAUCCCGGCCAGAACAGGAAAUAACCAUGAUCGAGACGUCGGCAUCAACAGUGCUACUGCAACAAGUGACACCUCUGAGACCGACCGCCUAGGCGAAGAUGAAGUGUCCGGCCCAGUAGAACAACCUCUGCUAUCUCGCUUCGAUUGGGAAAUCUUCAUCGGAAGUUCCAUUUCCCAACCAACAAGGAGCAAGAAGAGCGCCGCGGCUGUGAAACGAGAAGACAUGAACCCGCUCGGGCAAGCCUUGGAAAAGCUGGCCAUAGUUCUCCUGGAGAUUGAGGUUCUCUACGCCCUGAACCAGCUGCGGCGCAAUCCGCAGCUCGCCGCCGACCGGUUGAAACAGAGAAGAGUCGGAAAGUUCAAAGGAAAAGAUUUCCACCCGACGGUGGGGCGCGCCGGUCGGUGUGUGGUGACGAAAGAGGGCGAAGCGGUCGUCGUGGAAGCGAUUCAGUAUUGCCAGAACUUGGCGGGUGGAGGUGGAAACAUCAAGUCGGGGUCAACAUCUGUAGGAACAGCAAAUCGGGGUCGCGCGGGGUCGGAGAUGUGUGCGGCUCCGGAAGCGGAGGAGGGCGUGAAUGGAACCGGAAUUAUCCCGCCUCCGCCAGAUGAGGUAGUCUCUCAAUUUGCGGAAAUGCAACAACUCCACAGUAGCUGCACCUGGGACCAAGAGCAGGGGAUCUUGGUCGCAAGAAUGAUGAAACCUGGCGAGCCAAAAACAUCAUCGCCUGCUUCCUCAUCAACCUCGUCCACAGUCUUAAUAAACCCCCACCAAGGCCAGAUUUUGCCGCAUCCGACGCUUUUUCUUUCCGCCAGCGACCACGCGGCCGACCUCGGUGUUACCGGACUGGCGUCGCACACCUCUUCAGACAAAAUCACGAAAGUGCAGGAUCGGAUCACUCGGUACUCCAACUGGCGCUACAAAGUCGGGGAGUGCUUGUGGUACGGAACGUUGCCGGAAUCUGGCUACGCGAUGAUCGAGGACCUAAUCGUGGACGAUGGUGUCCCUUCCCGCGGACACCGGUUAGGCAUUUUCGACCCGGCAUAUUUUUUUGCAGGCAUCGCAAUCACCCUGCACAAAACCUUCGGCUACUGUUGCGCGCUGAACUUCGCGAACGCGGCUUUUCCAGUGGAGGACACGGCCUUGCUGCAGAAACGCAUCGCGAGCGGACCGCUCGUGUUGCACGACAAUGUAAAUAGCAAGCGCGGGAUGGGGAAGACCAUCACUACGCCCGGGGGUUCUACUACCGUGCAGCGAGGUGGUGGACCCGGGAAUACUAACAGGGAGCCGAAAGUGCAGACCCAGUGGGGCAAGUUGGGGACGUGUGCGAAGUGCAAAGAGCCAAUUCACGGCGGCGCAGUGAUUGAGCAGGGAAAUCUGAAAUGGCACAAGGAGUGCUUCACCUGCAGCGAAUGCGAAAGGAAUCUGGUAUAGAGACGUAUGUACGAAGACUUUCUGUUGGAUACUGGAGAGGACGACCACAAUGACGUCGCGCAUGAAGCGGCUCUGUCAUGUUGUUUAUGUUUCAGAAAAUAAACACAAGUCUAUAAUGUGACUGUCAUCAUCUCAGAGUAGAUGCGAGUUUGCGAUGAGUUAGAUGAAUUUUGCAGGUUUAUUGCUUUCUCGCAUAUUACGAACGCGUCUCGCAUGUCCAUCAUCACACCUCCACUCUCAGGUCGGUGUCCGCUACUUUACGGAGAAACAGAACCUCUAUUGCGAGGGCUGCCACCUGCAGCUGUUCGGGAAAACGUGUUUCGGCUGCAAGGAGAAGAUCCAGGGCACAGUUAUGACCGCGGCGGGGCAAACCUGGCACCCCUUGUGCUUCAAGUGCAGCGAGUGCGAGAAGCCUUUGAAGGGAAAAGCCUACCAGACCUUGGACGAGUCGGUCGCGGGUCCGGGCAAAGCCUUGUGUGGGGAGUGCGCGGAGGAAAAAGCGCAAGAAGAGGCGGCGCGACAAAAUCAAAAGCAACUGGCAGGAGGAGGAGGAGGGCCCCGCGGUGGGCCGCCGAAGGCGAAAGCGAAAACAGGUAGUACUAGUAGUGCGGUAAGUGGCAGAACGGUGGUCGCCGGACGAAAAGGCCCUGGAGCUGCUGGUGCUUUCGGUCAUCACUUCGAGCAGGAGGAGUUGAGCAGUGCAGCUUUGGACAGCAUGACUUUGCAGAUGGGAAGCAUCAGUGGGAGCAAAGCAACUACGGGUGUUAGUUCUGGUAAAAGUGCAGGUGGGAACAAAGCUGGAGGAGCGCCGUCGGCACCACCAAAAGCGAAGCCAAAAGCAAAACCAAAUAUGACGCAGGCAAAGAGGACCGUUGAUACGAUGAAUAUUGGAUACGGAGAUUUGUUGUAAGAUGGCUGAUGAAAAUGACAAUGACUAUGCUGGUGUGUGGCCUGGUUCGGGUGUCCCUGGUGUUUGAAAGAUAUCCAGACGUAGAUGUUUCUGUUUGAUGAUACGAUCCUACUUGUGCCCACUUGUUACAGCUCGUCCGCAUAUGGUGCCGCACUCAACAUGUACUGCAGCUUCGUGCGGUGUGCUAUACGUUCUUGCGUCAUAUUACCCUCGAACUAGAUGUAUGCUCAAAUGUGUCUGUUUUCUUGCCAAAAAGCAUUUCCGCCACGUCUGAAAUCAAUGUACGAUUUUACGUUUCAGGCGCUAGCCACAUCUAAUAUCGCUACAGCAUCACUGCCGUGACCGCGGGCGAUGAAAUGUCGUCAGAAGAAGUUGUUUAUCGAAAAUAGUUUGGACUUCACAUUAGCCCACGAUUGGAUUGCCUUCGUGCGUGAUAUGCAAGACGAGUGCUUGAGUCAUUUCAAGACGGAGAAAAGGCCGUGACGCUGCUGCGACGGUGUUCAGUGCAAGACUUGGUUCAGUUGAAGCGGUGCCGGUGCCGUUGUUUCUUGUUGCGUGUCUUCUCCUUCCGGGGGCCUGUUUCUUUGUGAUAGCGACUUCUGCCCCUCCGCAGUGGCGCGCGCGCCAGCACGUUCGGGCCGCGCGUGGGCUGGCGG